AUAAACGAGUCCAUUUGCAAUGGCAAUUUCUAAGGAAGAGGCCGAAGAAAUUUUGAGGACAGUGCGAUUACCUGGUGAAAUAUUUUCAUGUGUUUUUUUUGUUAAUAUGAAAUUUAACUUAGGAAUUGCUCUUAUUUCAUUGACUUUACUUGUGGUAGGAACCCUUUCAGCUUCCUUUGAUCGUGCAUUCGUAUUGGCAACAGAUACAAAAGAUGCUCGACAGGCAAUCAUAAAAGAUGUUGAACACGAAGACAGAGAAACUGCUGCAGCCAUUGAGAUUCAACGGGUUUUUCGUGGAUAUCUACUCAGAUCCUAUAUAUUUGCUGCUCUUCAUGAUGAUUUAUCACAGACAAAUUUGGGCCCGCGCAGUAUUUAUAAAUGGUCAGAUCUUUCAUACAGCACUACUCAACAUUCUGGACAAACACAAGCAUCUUCUGUUCAGAUAGAGGGAAGUUCUAGUAGUUCCAGUACACAGCUCGAAAAACAGUCUAGCUCAUCUCAAAAGGAUAGUCCGUCGAAAACAAAUCAGCAGGAAUAUUGUGCUCUAGUUAUCCAGAAUUGGUGGCGACUUAAGUUGAACGAGAAACGUCGAAACGUUCGGACGCCUCCUGCUCCUCCAUCGACCACGGAGGACAAUUAUUCGACCUCCAGUGUCAGUCUCAGUGUUUCUAGUGGUCCACCGUCUAGAGCAGCAACAAGACUGUCUGGUCAAACAUCGACAAUGAUUUCUGCUGCUAGAGUCAUUCAAAAAGCUUGGAGAAGACACGUGGAUGUGCAGGUCUAUUGUUACUAUAAGGACUUGAUUAGCUUUAGAUUUCGCGGUGAUCCCGCCAUGCUAUUAAAAUGCAUCAAUCCAAAGGAGGCAGAAUUGUUGGAUCAAGCUUCUGGAACGCACGUCAAGUUCAGAUUGGCUGGGACCUCGUUCCCACCAAACAUUUAUUAUAAGAUCUUUACGCAUUCUCAUAUUGUGGAUAUGUGUGCAAACAGCCCGAAGGAUUACACCAAAGCGUCGGCUAAAGUACUACCACCGCGCCUUCACCAUAACAAUGAUCUCACGAGACCAUAUUCGGACCUAGACUGCAGAGAAGGCUGGUAUGAAAGAUAUGAAAAUAAUGGCUGGAGGAUUGUGUCGGAUAGGGUUUUGCGAAAGAUUAAAGAAGAUGACAUUACGUACGACUCUUCGCAGAAAAAAAUCGACUUCAAACACGAGAAGUUGAUGAGAAAGGAUGAUUUGGAAAGAAAACGAAAACGACGGAAAAUUGAUUGGAUGAAGAAAAUGUACAAAGAAGGUAUGCUAGUGAGUAACCCUGGUACUGAAACUCCGGUGGUCAGGGAUAUCGAGAACACUUUGAGAGAUAUAACACAAGUGACGGACAUUAAGGGAUACGAGGCAGUAGACGAAUGGGAAGUUGAUGAAUUACUGGAAUGGACGAACGGUUUGAAUUUUGACAACUACGUUGCGGGCUGGAAGGAGGUUGCGACAAGUGCCAUUGCUGGACAAUCUCAAGGAAAAGUGAAGACUUUAAAAGAAUAUACGAGAUCAGUGGCUUAUUCCAGAUGACAUUGCCCUAUAUCCUUCACUAAUUGGCUUUGGUAUUGUGUAUCUAGUCGACCGACUCACAAAAUUUUUUUUACCUUGGUCUGAUAAGAUUUGACACGAACUAAUAUGCCCACGUUGUGCUGUAGGUUAAGAGUGCGCUUAACGAUUGCAAUUUUUUAUGCAAUUGUUCUAAAAGAGAGUUUUUAUAAUUUUGAGUAUAAGAAAUAGCGAGCAUUUUUUUUUAGACUGUUACUAUUUUAAGAAAUAAUCCAGGUGUUUUUAUAGAACUCGUA